UUCGUGAAGUACCGCGGCUAGAUUUUAUUCUUCUAAGUUGACCCUUGUUAACUGAAGUGUACGCGACUUGACGUACCUACACGCUGUCUCGUGUGUCCAUGCGUGGGUACACCCAGUCAGUAUCACGAGAGCCAAUGACAAAGAGUGGACAGCCAGUGCCGAGCCAGUGUUCUCAGGAACGAAAGUAAACAUAACAAGUGGCGACGAGAUAAAAGAAUCCAGCACCUCAAAGGAUCAACCUAUUAUCAUCAACACGCGAACUGUUAUCUAUAAAUUGAACCCAGUCUACAACUAAGACCGCGCGAUGUGGUUCAGUAUCUUCUUCUACAUAGUCUACUAUAGCGUCUAUACCAUCCUUCUAGCAGUUGCUGGUCUCUGGUGCUUUGAAGAGUGUGCACUUACUGAAGAGGAGGAAUACGAGUUGUACAGCCAGUAUCGUUCCUCACUCGCCUUGUGACAGCUUGCUGCUGGCAAAUUGUUACCGGAGCGACAAGUGCGUGACAUUGCCGCUGACAUUAAAGUGCAGUGCGAGUGUAGUGCCUCUUAGUGUUAUAGACUAGACAAAAGACAAAAACAAAAAUGUCGGGUUUCGUGAAAAUUGCGAUAGACGAUUACUACAGCGACAGCAACUGGACUACCAUAAUUAACAAAUAUUGGAUGCUGGCAGAAAGAGUAUCAGAUCCUCGAGUACAAGGAUGGUUCCUCUUCGACACUCCCCUGCCUACCCUGGCCAUGGUAAUAGUCUACCUGGCUGUAGUCAUGGUCAUCGGGCCUAUAUGGAUGGCCAACAGAAAACCUUUCCAAAUACAAAAUGUCUUAGUUGGAUAUAACGCUGCACAAGUUCUACUGUCUUCUUAUAUGUUUUAUGAGCACCUAAUGUCUGGCUGGUGGGGAGACUACAGCCUCAGCUGCCAACCUGUAGACUACAGCGAUAGCGAAAAAGCGAGAAGAAUGUUACAUCUAUGUUGGGUGUAUUACUUCUCGAAGCUAUCGGAGUUCGCAGAUACAGUGUUCUUCGUGUUGCGGAAGAAAAAGAGCCAGAUCACCUGGCUGCACCUGUACCACCACUCUCUGACGCCGUUCGAAGCGUGGCUGCUUGUCAAAUUCAUUGCUGGCGGUCACGGAACGUUCUCGAACAUCGUGAAUAACCUGGUCCACAUCAUCAUGUACAGUUACUACAUGAUGGCUGCGAUGGGUCCUCAGUACCAGAAGUACCUCUGGUGGAAGAAGCACCUCACUACAUUACAACUAAUCCAGUUCUUUAUGGUGCUCUUCCACUCUAUCAGUGCCCUGGUCUACGACUGCGGUUAUCCGAAGAUUAUUGCUUCGGGUCUCAUCCUCCACUCAACGAUCUUCAUCGUUCUCUUCAUGAACUUCUACAUUCAAGCUUAUAAACCAAAACCUAAGAAACCUAUGGUUGAAACUACAAACAAUAACAACAACGAAGAUCUACCUAACGGCCACGCUAAAACCAAUGGUUAUGUUGCUAAUGGUGACGUCACGAAGAAUGGAGAUAUCAAAGCCAAUGGUGACAUCGCUAAUGGAGAUGUUAAGUCUAAUAGUCACAUUAAGAAUGGUUACACGAAUGGCUACGCGAAUGGAAUAAUUAAAGAGAAAACGCAAUAGUGAAUUUUCGGCUUUUGAUAGAUUAUUCCGUUUUUAAGGUCUAUUGUAUGGAGAGGUUUGAUUAUGAGAAAUUAAGUUGUUAACGGUUUCGUCUACAGUCUUAAUUGUGCACUGUUAAAUUGUCUGUGCAAUAUUGAGAAACAAAUCAUCUUACGCUAAAUUACUCCAAAAUGUUUAUAAUUUAUGAAAAUUUCUACAUUUUCACAAAUUUUAAAAUCGUACUCCAGUGUUUUUAAUUGUUGCUUUCCACUGUUAGCUGUUUUUGGCUAUAAUGCAUAAGUUAAUAUUAAUAAUGUCGAGUACAUGGGUUACUUUCUAACAUUCCUUGGACUUUGUUCCUGUUCUCUUUUGUUAAUUCUUAGUCUUUUAUAGUGAUUUGAAGACUAUUUCUAAAUUUCUUUAAUUUGGAUAUUUUGUUUUUGAACUACCUCAGUUUUCAUUCCUUAUCUACUAAGACGACUAUCCGUCCAUUUUAAGCUUUAUUUAGUAGUAGAUAAUGAGUAAUAUUGUAAAUACAUGAGAGAAGUUAAAUUAUUUUUAUUUUUAUUAUGACGUAU